UGCAGGUUGACCACUGCGGAUCUUCGGUUCUUCGUUCCAGGACCGGGGUCCACCUCCUUCAUGCACACACGCGGGCUUCCGUCAUCCGGAGCGGAGGCUGCAGUGUGGUGGGUUCCAGCAUGGCAGCAGUGUGACAAUACAAGGAAUGGAUUGAUCCCGAUGGAGAACGUCCCCAUCCGGCUCUGACCUCCACUGUCGCCGAUUCUUCUUCCUCCCCUCCUGCGGGCGCGUCCGCAUCUCUUGACCGAUUCGUUUCUUAGGAAGGACAAUGCCGGUGAAUGCGCUGCCCCGGGCGGGGAUCAGCGGCCAGGGCUCCCUAAGCCCGGCGUCGCUGUCCCGCAGCCUCUCCCGGCUGAGGGAAUACCGGACUCGGACCCGGAUCAUGCUGGCUCUCGGGGUGUCUCAGAUGGUACUGGGGAGCCUCAUCCUGGCCGUCAGCUUUGCGGCUCUGGCGCUCACCACAUCACCCAGGGUUCGACACUCAUGCCCGUUUUGGGCUGGAUUUUCGGUUCUUCUCUCCGGGUUGAUUGGCGUGGUUUCAUGGAAGAGGCCGCUCUCGCUGGUGAUCACAUUCUUCAUGUUGUUGUCGGCGGUUUGCGUGAUGCUCAACCUGGCGGGUUCCAUCCUUUCCUGCCAGAACGCUCAGUUGGUCAACUCGCUGGAGGAAUGUCAGCUGCUCAAGUUUGACAGCGACGGCGUGUGCGUUUGCUGCGAGCUCCAGCAGCAGAGCUCGAGCUGCAACAACCUCGGAGAGACGCUGAAGCUUAACCCGCUGAGGGACUGCAAUACCAUACGCUUACGUCUCAAGGAGCUGCUGUUCAGCGUAUGCGCCCUCAACGUCAUCUCCACUAUAGUUUGUGCCCUGGCGACGGCCAUGUGCUGCAUGCAAAUUGUCUCCACCGAUGUGCUGCAGAUGUUUAUGCCACACCGAACGAGAGCUCUGAAUGCUGACUGUAUGACCCCCCACGGAACCAUCCUCCACCAAACACUCGACUUUGACGAGUUUAUCCCCCCCAUCCCCCCACCGCCUUACUACCCCCCGGAGUACACGUGUACGCCCUCAAUGGACGGACUGAGAGGCCUGCACUUGGACUUUCCUCACUCUCCCUUCAGUGCUAUUUACGGCGUGCCCAUCAACAGCCCUGGGACGCUGUACCCGACUGACCUGCCCCCGCCGUACGAGUCUGUGGUGGGGCAGACCCCAGCAAGUCAGCAGGUCACCACCAGCAUGGAGCAACACGCCACUGAAUCCAGUCUAUGUGACAGAAACACAACGGCAGGACUGAGUACUCAGGCCUCGGUGGACAGCGCAUCCCUGAUGGUGUCUGAAGUUGCGGAUCAGGACCACACGUGCUCCUCGGAGGACUUGUGUUCCCUGGAGGUCCAAGGCUCGGACUCCUCUCCUUACAGCACGCCCCACAACGCCCUCACGGAUGGAAGCUGCACCAGUUUGGAGCUUUGCACACGUACCCGAUGCCACCACGGGCUCUCGAACGCGGCUACUCGCCCCAGCGACACGGGCUUCAGCGAGUCCUCACACACGCAGGAGUCUAAUGAACGCUCCCCGGAUUGGUCCUCGGAAAACUAUAGUAAUCUGGACCAGGAGGAUCCCGCAGAUCACGUGCGUGCAUGUGAGGAACUCAGACCUUCAAUGCAUCUUUGCGACGAGCUCGCAUCCGCCAAACAUUUGCCGGAGGAGCCGCCAAAAGCGGCGCCGCAUUCGCUUAUUAAAUCGCGAAUGAUGAUGACCCGGAAGCUCCCGCUGGCCGUGGCUCUCCCGCCGCCCCCUCAGCCUUGCUCCCCCACCUCAGUGGCCUCCUCCGGUGGAACUUCAGCCAUCAGUCCCCUCGCUCCGUCUCCAUCUCCGUCCCCACCCAGCAGGCUACGAGGACCCCGUUUGUGCUUCAGUGUUUGGUCCGCUUCCUCCUCCUCCUCCUCCGCGCCACCGCCGCCUUCUACCUCAUCUCAAAGUGGAUGUGGAUGUUCACCCUCAGAAAGGCCGAGGGGGCUCCGUGCGGCCAGGAAGUACCGCAAACUGGCGCGUAUUGUCCGCUCCAGCAGUGACCCUAUCUCCUGCUCCUCCAACACAAGGGAACAUUGUGUCUCCAGCUCGUCAGUUAAUCCCUCAGCUGAAGAUUCAGCUCAUACGUCACCGGAGCAAGAGCAAUCAGGCAUUUCAACACACGGAGCCAAACCCAGAUGUGCCAAGAAGCAGCAAAAGGAUGGCAAAAAAGCCGACCUCCAUCUUAAAAUCAGAGCCCAGCCAUCGCAGACCCCCCACCGGGAGCCACCGCAAUCGCUGGCGGACCUUAAAAUGUUUAAAGACACUAAAAUAUUAGUGGCCAAGUUCCUGGAGCAUUCAAGUUGCAAUUUACCGCCGGAAGUCCAGCAAGUCGUCAACAAUAUCAAGUGCGUCAUCAAGUCUGAUGAGAAACACAUGGAGGAGGCCAUCUUUAGUGCCAACGUCAUUGAUCAGGUGAUGACCCAGCGCAUCAACGGCAGUCCCAGGAAACGCGGCCAAGAGGAUCUCCACCUUCAAAGCUGCGGCGCUUUGAGCUCGUCCCCGUCCCCUUCCAUGCGCCGUCCCAAACACCUCCCACAAACCACCAGCACCUCUCCCAACGCCCUGGACUCCCCUUCCUUUGAACAAAGCCUCGAGUGCAGGGAAACUAUUCUCUGACCCACGGACUCCACAAGGACCCGGGUCGAAGCUGUGAGGGGGCAUUCCAAAGUGCUCGUGCAAUAAACGGCCAGGCGUUGCGACGUCACAGCUAAGGGAAACCAUCUCCAGCUAUACCCCCCCCCCCUCCCGUGCGCAAGUCAUCAGCAGAAAUGGUAGCAAACCCCUGGCUGUAGUGGCUUUGUUGUCAUUGGAAAAUAUCAUAGAAUGUUUCUCCCCCUCAGGAGAUUUUUUUUUAUACUGACUUUCAUGGGAAUCAAACACAGGGACACACAAAGGAUACUCCAGUCAGUCCUCCAGUGAAGAAAGGAAUAAAUAUAUUUCUAUUCAAAAUGUCAAUUGAAGACAACGGGUUUUACUCGCUAUUGAAUUUGUGGUAACUGAUAGGGUCGUGAAUAUUUUGUGGUGCCACCGGUUGGAGAACCUUACAGACAUUUUAACUUACCUCAUUGUGUUACGUUUCUUAUCAGUGUUCAA